CAGGAUUUUUUUUUCUUACCAAGCUUUUUUAUAUUUAAACAGUGUUAACCAGCUUUACAAAUUAAUGGUUUUAAUCAUAUUUUAGGCUUUUCUAUAUAAAAUAAGGGAAACUCAAGUCAAUUUUCUGAUAUAUCAAAAUGAAAACCACCGGCUACGAUAGCAUUACAAGUUGGAUUGCAACUUUUGCUUGUGGUGCUAUUGGUUUUUUAGUCGUCAUCCCAAUGCGAAUGGCUGGUUUUAUGUUCGUAAUUAUUAUUGAUCAGUACAGAGUAGAUAGAGAAAAAGCGACAAUUCCUAUUGUUGUGUUUGGAAUGCUAAGAUCUUUAACUGGCCCAUUUAUUGGAUAUUUAGGACAAGUUAUUGGAUUACGUGCAACCACAACUCUGGGCUGUGCUUUAGCAUCUUUCGGAAUUGGAGUGUGUUUUUUCGCUGAUGAUAUCACAACAGUCAUUAUAGGCCUGGGAUUUAUUUACGGUUUGGGAUUCGGGCUCGGUGUAAGCUUGGUUCCUGAAAUAUUAAAGCAACAUUUUUCCGAAAGUAUCAACAUGCCUUUUGGAAUAUACGCUGCUGGAGGUUGUUUGGGCGGAAUUGUGAUGCCUAAAGUUUUGCAAUUACUAAGUGAAGAAUAUGGUAAUUCAGGGAUGCUCUUGAUUUUGUCUGCAAUAGUUUUAAAUAGCGUUCCUGCGGCUAUUAUCUUGAAAAAUCCAAAAAACAAUUUAAAAAACCUAGAACUCAAAACAAUAUUAAGCAAUACUGAUGUUAAAAAUGCACAAAAAACUAUAUUUUCUGCAACUGAGAGUAAAUCAGAAAAACAAAAUAAGGAAAAUAACAGAUUUGAUAUCGGAAGAAGUGCAAGUUUGUCAACCGUUUUUCCUCAUACCAUAUUAAAUAUUUCCGAUAAUUGUAAAAGAUCCUAUGAUAAUGCAUGUUUAGAUUUGAAAGAUGAACCACCUGAUAUUAAAGACGAUUCUUUAUUUCAAGUGAACAAAAUAAUUGAAAAAGAUGAUAUACAUGAAUGUAAAUCAAAGGAAGCUAUGAAUCUCAAUGAAAAUGGGAAGCAAAAAGCAGGAAUCGAAAUGAAUUAUGUCGAUUCAAAAGUGGCUAAUCGUACCAAACCUAAAAAAAUGAAAUCCUUGCAACUGUUCGUAAAUCCCACUUUUUACUUGACGAUGUUUGUUCAAAGCUGUCACGGUUUUGUGACAACGUUGACUUGGACUAUAAUCGUUGAUCUAGGUCGAGAUCGUGGACUUUCUACUGAACUAUCUUUGUACUUUCUAAUGCUCUUUCCAGUAGCUGAAAUGAUUGGGAGUUUGGGCUUAAACUGGAUUACUGGUCGCAAUUUCAUGACGCAAACGAUGUAUUGUAUGACUUGUUAUUUGAUUUUAGGCUUAGUUGAAGUAUGCUUGGUUUUUGCUCACAGUUUCACUUUAAUGAUGAUUUUCAUUUUGAUAUUUGGUGUUUUUUCUGGAUCACUUGCAACAACUUUUCCUGGAAUGGUUUAUGAAUUCUUUGAUGAAGAGGAACACAGCAUGGCAUUAACCUCUCGCUUUGUUUUAUAUUCCGCACUGUAUCUAACCAAGUCUCCAAUUAUAGGAUAUUUUCGAGGUACAUUGGGAUCCUACAACUGGGUACUUUACAUUAUCGCUAUUUCUUGUGUAUUAAGUGCCAUUCUUGUAACUUUUACACCUAUCGUAGCAUCAUGGAGGCGAAGAAAAGUUUCAAGAAAAUGAAAAUUGGAUUUAUCUUAU